AAAAUACUUUAUAUGCAAAGUAUCUAAAAGUAGGUUUAUAAGCAUGUUAUCAAAUCCUUGCAUAAGCAAGAAGUCAUGACAUGGGCACACCCCCUAAUCCUGCUUUGUUAAUUGGUUUAAGGCUAACACCAGUCAGCUCCAUCUGUUUUUGUCCAAAAAGAACAUUCAAGGGCCUCAGCUUUCCAACAGGGAGAUGGAAAACAAAACACCUUGCAUCCAUCUGCAGUGUGGAGGUGUGUUAGUAAAGGAGGAUUAGCUGUUGAUUACUCUUCAGAGAAAUGUUGCUUGUCCCAGACGUUUGUUCACUUCUGUUUGCUUCAGAUGUCAGAGUGGGAAACAAUCAGACUUCAGUGUCCAUGAGGAGUUAAACGCUGGCCAGCAUGCUUCUGUCAUCUGGUCCUUACACUCAUACAGCAGCUCUGUUGUCAAAUGCAGGCAGCUGGCAUGUCUCUAACCUUGGCGUAAGCAGUGCGCAUGUCUGCUCCUCUGCCUCAGUGACCGCCUGUCAGUCAGGAGCCGCUUAGUCCUCCUGAGUUAGUGCACACACGCUCACUCUACAGAGGUAGAAACCGACAAGAGACAUGAGCUUUACCAUCGAGGAGAGGGGCAGGCCCAACACCACGGAGUACAGGGUGUUUUUCAAAAAUUCAGAGGGUAAAUACAUCUCACCAUUCCACGACAUACCCAUCUAUGCAAAUGAAGCAGAGAAUAUUUUUCAUGCUGUCGUGGAGGUUCCAAGAUGGAGUAACGCAAAGAUGGAGAUUGCCACCAAAGACCCACUGAAUCCACUGAUACAAGAUGUGAAGAAGGGGAAUCUUCGUUACGUAGCCAAUGUGUUUCCUCACAAAGGUUACAUCUGGAAUUAUGGAGCUAUUCCACAGACCUGGGAAGACCCAAACCACAAGGACAGCGACACAGGAUGCUGUGGAGACAAUGAUCCUAUUGACAUAUGUGACAUAGGAAAUAAGGUGUGCUCACAAGGAGAGAUAAUCAAAGUGAAGGUUUUGGGGACUCUGGCUUUGAUCGAUGAGGGGGAAACAGACUGGAAGGUCAUCGUGAUCAACACCGAGGAUCCCGAAGCCUCCGACUUUAACAGUAUCGAUGAUGUGAGACGACUCAAGCCUGGAUAUCUAGAGGCAACGGUUGAUUGGUUCAAGAGAUAUAAAGUUCCAGAUGGGAAACCUGAAAACCAGUUUGCUUUCAACGGCGAGUUCAAGGACAGGGACUUUGCUAUUAAAACAGUGAAGAGCACCCAUGAAUUCUGGAAGGCACUGAUCUCUACGAAGACAAGUGCUGGUGAAUUGAACUGCAUGAACACAAGUGUCUCAGACAGUCCGUUCUGCUGCUCUGCUGGAGACGCAGAGGCUGUGGUUAAAUCUGCGUGUGCUUCUGGACCUGAAGAUCCUAUUCCAAGUUCAGUUGACAAGUGGUUCUACCUUGAGAAGUGAGAAGAGAAAGUCUGGGAAGAAACAUGAAGAUUUCCCCCCCGUGUGGUGCUGUCAUGCUGAUGUUUGUUCUGUGUAAAAUUCAGUCUAAAGCACAAUCCUUCUUUUUCAUCAUCUAAGUUGUUGGACACAGUCCCAUAAGUAAUAAACCUCACUACAUCCCA